GCAGUAGCGCCGGGGGUGGGAAAUCCAGCUGCAGUGCCGGGGGCGGGCAAUCCAUCAGCAGCGGAGGCGAACAUGACAUGUCUAGAGGAGGAAGAGGAGGCGGAGGAAGAGGAGGUAGAACAAAUGACAUACUCAGUGGCAGGGGGGAGCGUGACAUAUCCAACGGUGUCGGCGGGCGUGACAUACCCAGCAGUGGCGACGGGCAUACCUUAUCUAACACUGGCAAAGAGCAAGACAAAUUCAGCGGCGACGACUACGACGAGCAUGACAAAUUCAAUGGCGGCGGGAGACAUGGCAAUCACGGCGGCGGGCCAGCGAGGAGGUUGGGUAUGCACAAGAGGCUGGGAGGGGACCCAGCCAGGACAACCGACCCCAGAGGACCAAGGGGAUACUCCACACCAUUUAGCAUCAUUCCCAGCAAUAAAUAGAAUCAUAGAAUCAUAGAGUAUCCUGAGUUGGAAGGGACCCUUAAGGAACAUCAAGUCCAACUCUUGACACCGCACAAGUCUACCCAAAAGUUCAGACCACGU